AUGAAGGCAGCAGAGAUCAGAUUGUCUCUACACAGACCUCUACAGCACAGAGAUCCACACAUGGCUCCUACAAUCACUGCAGCAAGGACCAACUCUCAGGAGCAUCUCAGACUCCAACUCAGAAAGCCUCUGGUGGAGAAGUUACGCAGAAGGCGAAUCAACAGCAGCAUCGAGCUGCUCAAGUCUCUCCUGGGUCCAGAGUUCCUCAACCAGCAGCCAGACUCCAAGCUGGAGAAAGCAGACAUCCUGGAGAUGACCGUUUGCUUCCUGACACAGCUGCUGCAGCAGAACCAGCAGCAGAGAAGACUGAUGAAGCACUUCAACAAGCUGCAGUCUUCCUCUGAGGAGAAGCUGACAGAGGCUGAUUCUCUCCUCUGA